AUGGAGAAGUUGAUUCAGCAGGGUUAUGAGGCGUACAUGGUGUUCUUUUCCUCUAGUACGGUGUAUGAUGGUGGAAUUAAGAAGAUCGAGGGAGUAAGUGAAUUCCUUAAGGUAUUUUCAGAUGAAGUGACAGGAUUAUCUCCUAAAAGAGAAGCGGAGUUUUUAAUUGAUUUGGUUACUAGAAUUGAAUCAAUAUCAAAGGCCUUAUAUAGAAUGUCACCAUCGAAAUUGGUUGAACUAAAGAAGCAAAUUGAAGACUUCGCGCACCUUCUACCCUGCCCGUUCUUCGCCUCCCUGUCUCUUGGUCUCGUCUUCAUUGUGGGCGUUCUCUAUCAGGCUGCAUCAAGCUUCUCGGGCGUGGGUUGUCCAUCUGUAUCUCGCCGUUCUCUCUUCAUUCUUGAUCUCGCCGUUCUCCAAGCUUUAUCAUUUCAGAUUCUCGAUCUCGACAUCACCCAGAGCUUCGUGUUGGCCGUUCUCCCUUAUGUUUCUCCAAUCCAGUGUUUCUCCAAGCUUCUCGCUAGCGUCUUGAGGGUAUAUGCAUUUGCAACUCAAAUGAUUUCCAAAAAGCUUGAUGAAACCCUGAAAUGUCUUUGGGGAAUAUUGCUUGAGAGAUGAUGGAGAAGAAAGACAUCUUCUGUUAAUACCAGUGUUCUAGACGUGACAUCUUCAUUCUUCUUUCAGCAAAUAUUUUUUUCAACUUUGAGAGAUGAGAGCAAGCUUGUGCUUGCAGUCCCCAAAGCACGACGCAAGAGGCAAGAUGGGGGAGGGUUUCACUUUUUUAUUUUGGCCUUUUUGGGUUGUCUUGCUUUUUAUUUUUUAUUUGUUUUUGGAUGUGGGGUUAAUCGGGGAGACCUCCACAUAAUAUAUUGCAAGUUAAAUGGAUCAUUUUCAUGACCAUGCCAUCCUGAAGUAUUAACAUUUCUCUCA